GCGGCAGGCAACAUUUCUUGUCGACGUGGGCAGGGAGGCUUGCGGACACAAACAAAUAUACAUGCCCCGCAGGAGCGAAGCGUGGCAUGACAGGACCAUUUGGAGGCGACCCCGCUCACCUUUGAAAUUAUGUGGCUCAAACCCGAAGAGAUACUGCUGAAAAACGCCUUGAAACUGUGGGUGACCGAGAAGGAUAAUGAGUAUUUUGUGGUUCAAAGGAGGCGAGGCUACGGCGAGGGCGGAGGCGGUUUGACAGGUCGCCUUGUGGGAACGCUGGACGCAGUGCUGGACUCCACAUCCAAAGUUGCUCCUUUCCGCAUACUGCACCACACGCCAGACUCGCAAGUGUAUUGGGCCGUAGCAUGCGGCGUCACCAAGGAGGAGAUAUUCCAGCACUGGGAUUGGCUGCAGCAAAAUAUCAUGAGGACGCUCUCUGUUUUUGACUCCAGCGAGGACAUCACCAGCUUCGUGCAGGGAAAGAUCAGAGGUCUGAUUGCUGAAGAAGGCAAGACGUCCCACGUGCUGGAGGACGAUCCAGAGAAGUUCAGAGAGGCGUACUUGAGGUUCGAGAAUUGGUUUGCGCUGCCGCCGCAGGAAAAGCUGGUCACGUAUUAUGCCUGCAGUUACUGGAAAGGCAAAGUGCCCUGCCAGGGUUGGCUCUACCUCAGCACCAACUUCCUCUGUUUCUACUCCUACCUGCUGGGAGCUGAGGUGAAAUUAGUCAUCUCGUGGGACGAGAUCUGGAGGUUGGAGAAAACCUCCAACGUCAUCCUGACUGAGAGCGUUCAUGUGGUGGCUCACGGGGAGGAUCACUACUUCUCCAUGCUGCUGCACCUCAACGAAACAUUCGUCAUCAUGGAGCAGCUCGCCGACUACUCCGUUAAGCGCCUUUUCGAUAAAGAGGCCUUUGAAAGCGAGAGAGCACUCUCGGACCCGCUGCAAAUUACCAAGAGAGGCCUCGAGGCUCACGCGAAGAGUGAGCAGUUCCGGACAUUUUUCCGGCUUCCCAAAGAGGAAAAUCUGUUAGAAGUGCACGAGAGUUUCCUGUGGGUGCCUUCCAGCCAUUUGAAUACACUUGGCAAGAUGUGUCUAUCUGAGAACUACUUGUGUUUUGCCAGCCAGGACGGGAGCCAGUGUCACAUCAUCGUUCCAAUGCGCGAGGUCGUAAAUGUCGAGAAGCCAGAUUCCGGCAGCCGUGCUUUAACGGUGUAUGUGCGCGGGAAAAGGGCGCUCCGUUUCACUGAGGUGCGGGACUACCGGCGUCUGGCGACAACCGUCCGCGACAGAUGCGGGAUUAGUGCCAGCCCUCAGCACUCCGCCUCAGCAGAGGUCAUACGAGGCGAAUGUCAGUCGCUCAUCAACCACUUUGAGGACAAUCCAGAGGACGUGACGCUCAUGGUGGGCCAGAAAGACGGCAGCAAGGCAGUGAGCACAGAGGCUCUCAUGACGGUUUUCCACCCGCAGGAUGUUGAAAACCUUGACCCCAAAAUGCUCAAAGAGAAGAUGAAGGAACAGUCUUGGAACAUCCACUUUUCCGAGUACGGCCGCGGUACAUGUAUGUUCUUCACCAGGAAGACGCGUGACUUGAUUGUCCGUGGAGUUCCUGAAGCCUUGAGAGGAGAGCUCUGGAUGCUUUUCUCAGGCGCCGUAAACGACAUGGCAACUCACCCUGGCUAUUAUACGGAGCUGGUGGAACAGUCUCUGGGCACGAGCACGUUGGCGACGGAAGAGAUCGAGCGAGACCUACAUCGCUCUCUGCCCGAUCAUCCCGCCUUCCAGAGCGAUACCGGAAUCUCCGCCCUACGCAGAGUCCUCACCGCAUACGCUUGCAGAAACCCUAAAAUCGGCUACUGCCAGGCUAUGAACAUUCUCACCUCUGUGUUGCUGCUCUACGCCAAGGAGGAGGAAGCCUUUUGGCUGUUAGUGGCCGUCUGCGAGAGGAUGUUACCGGAUUAUUUCAACCGGAGAAUUAUAGGGGCUUUGGUGGACCAAGCUGUUUUCGAGGAUCUGAUUCGAGAGAACCUCCCCCAGCUGGUGGAGAACAUGACGGACCUGAGUUUCUUCUCGUCCGUUUCGUUGUCCUGGUUUCUCACCCUCUUUAUCAGCGUGCUGCCCAUCGAGAGCGCCGUCAACGUGGUGGACUGCUUUUUCUACGACGGCAUCAAAGCCAUCCUGCAGCUGGGCCUGUCCGUGCUCGAUUCCAACGUGGAAGCUCUGAUCAGCUGCCACGACGAUGCCGAGGCCGUCACCAUCCUCAACAAAUUUUUUGAUAGCGUGACAAACAAAGACAGCCCAUUGCCACCAACCGUCCAGCAAGCCCCCGUGGGCAACAACGAUAAAUCGACCCACUUGAACGUGGACAUCAGCGAACUGAUCCGGAAAGCCUACGAGAAAUACGGCAACAUUCGCUCAGAGGAGGUUGAGAGUUCACGGAAGAGAAACAAGCUGUUUGUGAUCCAGACACUGGAGGACACCACCAAGCAGAACGUCAUCCGUGUAGUGUCCCAAGAAGUCAAAUUUCCUCCUGCCCAGCUUGACGAGCUUUACAAUUUGUUCAAAAGGCAGCAUUUUCUGAGUUGCUACUGGACAAUGAAGAGUCCAGCACUGGUCCACCACGACCCGAGUCUGGCCUACUUGGAGCAGUAUCAGCUGGGCUUCCAGCAGUUCAGUGUGCUCUUCUCCCUGCUGGAGCCUUGGGCUUUUUGCACCAACAAGAGCACGCUUUCUCUUUGGGUUUUCCGUUUGAUCGACGAGAACCAAGACGGCUUAGUCAACUUUAAAGAGUUCUGUUGUGCCCUCGAUCAUUUGUACUGUGGAUCUUUCACAAAUAAGCUAAAGUUCCUCUUCAAGCUGCAUUUACCACCAGCUUUCACAGGAAGUCCUUUGCACGUACAGGAACCAAGAGUCCCAAACUUUUCCGCAGCGACAGAAGGCGCUCCUCACUUGAGUAGAAUUCCUGACUUUGAUCUUCCAGAAGAUGGCGUGAUUAAGAAAAGUCCCGAGAGAGGUCGAGGAAAAGUGGACCUGCAGGCCUACCUGAAACAAUGGCAGAAUGAAAUACUUAGGAAAGAGGAAACCAUCAAGGACCUUCCUAGAAUUAACCAGGCUCAGUUCAUUCAAUUCUCCAAGACCCUGUACAACAUUUUCCACGGCGACGCAGCGGAGGAGUCUCUGUACCGCGCCGUGGCCCACGUGACCAGCCUCCUUUUGAGGAUGGAGGAGGCGGGCCGCAGGCUGCAGGAGCCCGGCGGCGCGAGGGCCGCGCUCCCGCGCUCUGACGCCGCUAGCCCCCGGGAAGCGGGGCCCGAGCUCCCCGAGCUCCCCGAGCCCCCCGAGCCCGACUGGUCCUUCUCGUUCGAGCAGAUCCUGGCCUCUCUGCUCAACGAGCCGGCCGUUGUCGGCUUCUUCGAGAGACCCGUUGACAUUCAGAGUAAAGUGAUCCGAGCCCAAGCGGCCCAGCUGAAGCAAGCGAUCGGGUAGCUUCGUAAGACAGACGAGGAUCGGCGGAUGAAGGGCAAAAAGGGCUGACGGGUUUCAAGGCGCAUGCGUCUUGUCCGUCCUGUUUCGGUGUCGCUCAUUCUGCAGAUUCCACGGGCAGGGUCCCAUUUCUGCAUCUGUUAAGGGUACAGUGUUUGAAAGGUCUGAUAGAAGAGCUCCGAAGUCAUGCCUCCUUUUCCUUUUUGCAAAUGAGCGCCCUUGGUACAGCUAAUGUGACGUGUGUGUGUGUGUGUGUGUGUUUUCCUGUAAACUUGUUUGGAGGAGACUCAUCUCGUCAUUUGUUCUAAACCGUAGUCCAGUGAUGCUUUUUCAUUUGGGCUCAUCAAAGUAGACUCGUCGCUCGGUGGAGAGCUGCCUGUGAGGGACGUUGAAGGGUUUGGAUUUAGAUUUUCAUCACACAUCUCAGGGUGCAAUUCCUGUGCUUUCAGUGUUUUAUCCUGAGAGAAAUAGUUUGACGUUCCCACAAGAUUAUGUGUAGCGCGCACGUUUGCAGCAUUGCGAUGCUGGCCUACAAACUCCACGCAAAGAAAGCGUGUCUCGCUUUCCGUCGCUCUGUGCUUUGGCCGCUUGUUGCACAUCAUCGAGGCGUUCGACUUCAAGAGCUUCUGGAUGCUUUGGUUUUGUUCUUGUCGGGUAGGAAAAGACUGUUCCAGAAGGGAUUUGAGAGCUGCUGAUUUCUUAUAUUUGUUCUAGCAUUUAACAUUUAUAUUCUGCACUGCAAUUGUAAGUACAAACCAGCGUCGCCGUUGAGAACCGAUGAUGAUCGAUACGUCGAUAUUUUCAUGUUUCCUGUCCAAGUGAGUAAUGCAAACUCUAGAUGACUGAUGGCGUCAAUAAUUAAAGCCAUACUCGUUAUUCCAAUACGAUGGCUUUCCCGAUGCAUUUCAAUAGUUAAGUCCUAUAACAGAUAGACUUCAGCCUAAUUGAUCAAAUCUGUAUUGAGCUGAUUUAAAAGAGAGUUAGUUAUUGAAUGUAUUUUUGUUAUACGAUUGUCCAUGACCAGAAGGAAUUAUUUUUACAAGCGUGCUCUUCUUGUUUUGUCCAAAUAUAUAAGAAUUGAAAUGCAAAACCGAUGAUUUCAAAGUAAGCUUGCUGCGUGUGGCAGGAUUUGACAUUUUCUUUUCGGUUUGAGAGACACUUGCACAUUUCACUAGAGCUUCUUUAGUUUUGUUUUUCGAAAGGGAAAAGUCCUCGGACAUUGAUUGGAAACAAUUUCACAUGACUGCUUUGUAGGGAUUGUAUUAUUAUUAUUAUUAUUAUUUUAAUUCCAUGAAGGUAGAUUUGUAAAUCCUGUUGAGUGCAGUAGUAUUUGAUUCACCAAGUGAUUUUUAAAUGUGCAGUGAUUGUCUGCUGCAUUAUCUUAAUAUAUGACUUGCAUAUACUUCUCUUGCUUGUUGUAGCUUAUUUUUUAUUUUUUAUAUCGUUGUUGUUUCAAAGUAAUAAAGAGUAAAGAGUGGUCAUUCUUGAA